GUACUUCCCAUUUAUUCCUGCCCUUGCCUUCGUUGAAAAAGAAACUACUGAAAGGGCUUUUACAACUUUAGUCACGCGUCAUGAGCUUCCGCGAAAACCGCCAUCUCGUGUGUCGUCGUACCAGGAAAUGCACUGUGAGUUGCUGUAAAUCAACCACACACAAUAACUGGUUCCUGCGUUCUUUCUACAACAUGUCAGCAAGUGUAUGCGCCUUCGUCCUAACGCUGUCAGCGCUGAGCGAAGCCACAGGUUUGCUCAGUGCCCCUACAGAUGUCCACCUGACUUCCUACAACAUGGACCUGGUUCUAAGGUGGACUCAAACAAAUGAGGCAGUAAGUGGACUGACCUACACAACUGAAUACAAAACAUCAGUAACUCCAGAUUACACAGUAGGAUGUGUCAACAUCUCUUCCCUGGAAUGUCACUUUACCCGCCUCAUCCCUCAUUCAAUUUCUGAGAAUGGAAAGUAUACCGGCAGAGUGCGGGCUCAGUUAGGACUAAAGAGUUCUGCCUGGGUGGAAAGUGGAAAUAUUACAUUGGACCAACAUACCAUCAUUGGUCCACCUAACGUCUCUCUCACCUCCCAUGGAGCUGCUAUUGAAGUUGCCAUUGAAGACCCAGUCUUCGCUAUCUCAGCACUCAGGAAUGUGUACAACUAUGCCACUUACAACAUUACUUACUGGAAAAACAGCCAGAAGGAAAAGACUCGCCACAUCAGCAAUGUAAAACAAAAUCGAGUAACUUUGAGUGCCCUGGAACCAUGGACCAAGUACUGUGUCCAAGUCCAUAUAAACACAGAGAGGAACCCGAAACCCAGCCAGCUCAGUGAAAUUGUCUGUGUGAAAACCAGCAAUGUGGAAGAGGGUCCUUGGAAGGCCACGGUGGUGACAUCCGUCCUUAUGUUACUGGCAUUGGGUCUGGUGGUGCUUGUAGUGGUGUAUUGGAAACGUAUAUUGAAUACACUGUGUCCAAAAGACACUCUACCUCAGCACUUCAAAGAGUACCUCCUGACACCCCCUGACUCUACUGUCUUCCAAGCCAUACAGAGAGACCAGCCUCAAGAGGAGACCUACUUUUGUGCCAGCAUUAUUUCAAAUGAUCUCCUGCCACAUGUCAAUUCUAGUGACUGUCCAGGGGAGAGGUGCUGAAAUGGUUUGCUGUGUGUCUGGAACUUGGGAAGCAAGGACUUCACCAAUCCCAAAGAGAAAAAUUCAGAUUGGCUGGAAAAGCUGUGAUUCGUGGAGGACAACCCUGAAUAUGCUUGAGGACGUUUUGGAGUUAAAGUGCAAAACAACAGAGUUUUUCAGAGAAGUACAAGAAGGAACAAUAUCCCACUUGUAUCUGACUACUCACUCAGUAUUUGCAGUGUGAGCUACUGUACAGGGGGUUCGUUUGGGACGUUCUCAACCUUCAGCAUUCUGACGAUACAUUGCCACAUCCCCUAGAUAUGAAUUUAUUUAGAAAGUCUUGUUUCCUCACUCUGGUGAGGAAUAUGGCUCUGUUUACAUUUGCCCUUCAUUAUGGCUCACAAAGAUAAGUCUGAGGCUUCUGAUGCCAAAAGAAAAGCCAUGGGGCCCACAGAGAGGGAAGACAACAGAAGGGGGAACGUCGUCAUUCCAUACAUCGCAGGGGUUUCGGGAAAAACUUAGGAGGAUCUUUAACCAGCACCAGAUCCCCGUACACUUCAGACCCGGUAGACCCUGAGAAUAAAACUGGUUCAUCCCAAAGGCAAGACACUAAGAAACAAGCUGGACAAUGUGGUAUAUGCCAUUCAGUGCAGUGAAGAAUAUACGGAGCUGUACAUUGGGGAGACCAAACAACUGCUACACAGGCACAUGGCCCAACACAGCAGGGCCAACUCCUCAGGACAGGACUCAGCUGUUCACAUAUCUCAAGGGCAACUCGCACUCCUUCGAGGACAGCAAUGUUCAUAUUUGUCACACCCACGGUAUAUAUUUACUGUACCCCACCACCAGUGAGAACAGAAGAAGCCUCUUGGAUGAGAGGCGAAACCUCUUUUUGAGAAAAUUACGAGAGUUACGAGUGCUCAACCGAGCCCAAUUUUUCCUC